GCUGUAACCCAAUCACCUCCCUCUCCAUGUGACUCUCUGUCCCCAUUUCCCUCCCUCUCUGUACCAACGCCUUCAAAUCAAAACACCACCACCCACUCCCCUGUGAGUGACUCUCUGUCAUAAAUUCUAUUUCAGCCAGACAAAAACACAAACACCUACCGAGCCAUUUUUCCUCCAAUGGCGUCCUUCAAGCCCUGGAACUUCACUUCCGUUCUCUGCCUCUUAAUUGUAACAAUCCUUUCUCUUAGCCACAAACUUCAAGCCCAGGUAGUUGAUGACUCGAAGCUGGGUCUAAUGACAGACGCUCUGGAGUGGCCAUUCUCGAUGUCUCCGUACAGUGACCUCGACAAUGUCGACGACUUGGACUUGGAUAUUGGAGAAGAUGAUGGAGUUGAUCGUAGAUCUUUGUUCUGGCAGAGAAGGCCGUACUACAUUUCGUAUGGCGCACUCUCUGCGAACAGAAUCCCAUGUCCGCCUCGAUCGGGGAGGUCGUACUAUACCCACAACUGCUUCAAAGCCAGAGGACCUGUGCACCCGUACACUAGAGGGUGUUCCGCGAUUACCCGUUGCAGGAGUUGAUGAAUUAGUUCUUCGAUUUGGUUUAUCAGUAUCUUAUCCACCAAUGUAUGUGUGUACCUGUUUGCGGUUUUUCGCCAGUGUUGAUUUUGUGGGCGGAAUAAACACCGUGUCUGUGUGAUUUUGGGUGCGGUGGGAUGAUAUUUGAGUAAUUUGUAGUCUGCUUAAACUAAUUAGGGUUUAAUUAUAGACUUUGUUCAAGUAUUGAAUGUUAAGCACUGUGUUCACCAGUCUGCAUCCUGGAAUCACAAUUUGGAUCGUCAA